AAUUCUCAGUGUACACCUGCCGCACGCGGGGGGGGGAGUCGAAUGGGAUCAAAGCAGGUCCCUCAUUGGACCGAAACAAAGAUGAUGUCACAUGUUGCCACAGUGAUGCUUUUAGUUUUUGUGUUUGUUUUUUAUUAUUCAAAUCAACAGUUCUGAUACUUGGUUAAGACUGGCGCCAGGCGGAAUCCUCAAAUUUCCAAAUCCGCCGCUUUUCAGGAGAGCAAAGAAACGGCACGUUUGUUGAACCUUCGUCAAAAAGAGUAAGACAUGGCUCUCUAAACUACGGCCUGGGAGCCAUUUCCGGCCUGCCAUCCAUUUUUGAGCGGCCCUCGGCAUAUACUAAAAGUAAGAUUUGACACUUUGAAGCUUUGUAGGUGGAAUUCUUUCCCCUUCUUGCUCGAUGUACAGCUUCAGCAGUUCAACAGUCCGGGGUCUCCGUUGUCGUAUUUUACGCUUCAUAAUGCGCCUCACAUUUUCAAUGGGACUGCAGGCAGGCCAGUCUAGUACCCGCACUCUUUUACUACGAAGCCACGCUGUUGUAACACGUGCAGAAUGUGGUUUGGCAUUGUCUUGCUGAAAUAAGCAGGGGGGUCCAUGAAAAAGACGUUGCUUGGAUGGCAGCAUAUGUUUCUCCAAAACCUGUAUGUACCUUUCAGCGUUAAUGGUGCCUUCACAGAUGUGUAAGUUCCCCAUGCCAUUGGCACUAACACAGCCCCAUACCAUCACAAAUGCCGGCUUUUGAACUUUGCGUCCAUAACAGUCCGGAUGGUUCUUUUCCUCUUUGGCCUGGAGGACGCGACGUCCACAAUUUCCAAAAACAAUUUGAAAUGCGGACUCAUUGGACCAGAGAACAACGCCAAACUGUAUUUACUGACAUUGGUUUUCUGAAGUGUUCUUGAGCCCACGCGGUGAUAUCCUUUACACAUCGGUGUCGGUUUUUGAUGCAGUGCCGCCUGAGGGAUCGAAGGUCACGGGCAUUUGAUGUCGGUUUUCGGCCUUGCCGCUUCCAUGCAGUGAUUUCUCCAGAUUCUCUGAACCUUUUGAUGAUAUUCUGGACCGUAGAUGAUGAAAUCCCUCAAUUCCUCCCAAUUGUACGUUGAGGAACAUUGUCCUUAAACUGUUGGACAAUUUUCUCAGGCACUUGUUCACCUCGCCCCAUCUUUGCUUGUGAAUGACUGAGCAAUUCAGGGAAGCAAUCACGGCCCCCACCUGUCCCCAAUGAGCCUGUUCACCUGUGGGAUGUUCCAAACACGUGUUGGAUGAGCAUUCCUCAAAUUUCUCGCCACCUGUUUCAGCUUUUUUUGGAACGUGUUGCAGCCAUCAAAUCCCAAGUUCAUGAUUAUUUGCUCAAAACAAUCAAGUUGAUCAGUUUGAACAUUAAAUAUCUCGUCUUUGUAGUGUAUUAAACAUAGGUUGAACAUGAUUUGCGAAUCAUUGUGUUCUCUUUUUAUUUAUGUUUAAAACAACAUCCCAACUUCAUUGGAAUUGGGGUUGUAUUUACUACUAAACUCAUAACAUUUCCACUCAUAGUCUCACUGAAAAAGAUCCGUUUCAGAAGCAAAUCACGACAAUUACCAAUUGUCAUUGCAAACGCCACUGACUGCCAUGAACCGUGUUCGCCUCUAUUGUACCCGCAUGUCUGGAGCACUCGGGAGCAGGAAUGCAGCACGCGCAAGCCGGCGCACGCCGAAACACCGCACACGCCCGCCGACCUCUUCGCGGGAGCCGCUUCCGCCUCGGCCGUGCCGACAUGCGAGGGUACCGCGGUGUCAAGUACGUCCUGUUUUUCUUCUGCUACGUCUUCUGGGUGCUGAGCGCCAUACUGAUCGCGGUGGGAAUUUAUGCCAAGGUCGCCAAGGAGAAAGAUGUUGUGGACACUUUGGCGUUGGACCCUGCACUGCUCUUCAUGGCGAUUGGCUCCCUGACUUUCGUCAUCACGUUCCUGGGAUGUUUCGGCGCACUGCGUAACGCCACUUGCCCGCUCAAGAUGUUUGCGUCCAUCGUGGCUGUGUUGCUCCUCCUGCAGCUGACGGCGGCAAUUGCGGGUUACCUGUUCAGUGACGUGGUGAUAGAGCGGACGGAGCGUCUGAUGAUGAAAAGCGUCGUCCGCUAUCGGGAGGAUCGGGACUUGGACAACGCCAUCGACUUCGUCCAGAAGAAGUUCCAGUGCUGCGGCGUGGACGGCUACAAGGACUGGUCCGGGAACGCCUACUUCGAGUGUUCCGACUCCAAUCCCAGCUCGGAGGCCUGCGGCGUUCCCUUCUCCUGCUGCGUUGCCCCCGGCAACCGGACGGUGCCGAACACCAUGUGCGGUUUCGGGACGCAGCGGGCCUCGCGGGACAUCUUCCUGGCGGGAUGUCUGGACAAGAUCGUGCGGUGGCUGGACCGAAACAUCAGGACGGUGGCGGGGCUCGCCGGCGGACUGCUGCUCCUCGAGACGUGCGUGAUGUCGCUGGCUUUGGCUCAGGCGUGUUGGAUCAACAAAGUUCGGCGGCGUGCGGCGGCGCUAGCGAGCAGGAGACCAUCGCACAAGAAAGACCACCUGUGGUUUCCCGCCUUCGCCCACUUUGACGACCAAUGAGAUGACAUCGCAACUGAAAACCCGUUUCCAUGGUAGGUACAGGAACGACUACAGGAAGUGCAUCCUGGGUUCCGGCGGAUCGGCGGACGCCUCGGACAUGUUGAGGAAAUUCCUCAGGCGUGAACCCAAACAAGAAGCUUUCCUUAUCGGCAAAGGCCUCACCCUGGACCUGGAACCCGCAACGCCCCGUCCGUGCCGAACAAAACACGCAUGCACGUGCUCGCCAACAACUACCAAUAAAAGUCCUUCACAGCA